GGUGGACAGUCUUCAUCCUCAGCCGAGUAUUAUAGAGAUGAAGCAAGCGCACGCGGAAAACAGAUGCGACACAUGUCGCAUCUGGUGCGAUCAGCGCCAUCAAAGGUGUCGUGUUUUGUGCCGCCCGCACAGAUGCGACAUGUCGGAGGGUGUCGCACCUGUUUCAGCACUGAGGAGGGAAAUGGGAGGGUGUUACGGGCAGACCGUCGUGCAUCUUGCUAUAAAACGGAGGCGAAACCUGGUCCUCGACAGCCCAACUCCACUUCUUCGAAUCUUGACGAAGACAAGACAAGCCAACAACAACAAUGCGCUUCACCGCUGCCGCUAUCAUCGUCGCUGUUUUUUCUGCGAUGCAAGCCAACGCUGCCAUCCGAUUCUUCUCCGGCAAGAACUGCGAUGGAAGUGCUGGCGCGGACGUCGCCUGCGACGGCAACUGCUUCCCGACUACCGGGCGGCACUCGUUCGAGAUCACAUCCAAGAAGGCCCACACCGUCACUUUUUUCACCCACAAGAACUGUACCGGCGAGGCUUUCAGCUUCGGCCCCGAAGCGCCCGGCAAAUGCAUCGGCAACAUUCAGACGACACCACCCGCCAAGUCUGCGAAAUGCACCUGAGUGGUGCGCUCAACCUAGGAAAGGAUUCUUUGAAGGCUUAUACUUCGAUUUUGUCGGGCUGUAA